GAGAGGAGUCGCGGCAAUAGACAGACAUUAUGCGUGAGUGUAUUUCCGUCCACGUUGGCCAGGCUGGUGUGCAGAUUGGCAAUGCGUGCUGGGAGCUGUAUUGCCUGGAGCAUGGCAUCCAGCCGGAUGGGCAAAUGCCCAGUGACAAGACCAUCGGAGGUGGGGAUGACUCCUUCAACACCUUCUUCAGUGAGACUGGGGCAGGAAAACAUGUUCCCCGAGCCGUCUUUCUUGAUCUAGAGCCCACUGUGAUUGAUGAGAUCCGCACUGGCACCUACCGACAGCUGUUUCAUCCUGAACAGCUCAUCACUGGCAAGGAGGAUGCAGCUAACAACUACGCCCGGGGUCACUGCUCCGUGGGCAAGGAGAUUGUGGAUCUGGUCUUGGAUCGCGUGCGGAAGGUGGCUGAUCUGUGCACAGGGCUGCAGGGUUUCCUCAUCUUCCAUAGUUUCGGGGGUGGCACUGGUUCGGGUUUCACUUCCCUCCUGAUGGAGAGACUCUCUGUCGACUACGGCAAGAAAUCCAAGCUGGAGUUUUCCGUCUACCCCGCUCCCCAGAUCUCCACCGCGGUGGUAGAACCAUACAACUCGGUGCUGGUCACCCACUGCACCCUCGAGCACUCCGACUGUGCCUUCAUGGUAGACAAUGAGGCCAUUUACGAUGUAUGUCGACGAAACCUCGACAUUGAGAGACCAACCUACACCAACCUCAACCGUCUCAUUGCACAGGUGGUGUCGUCCAUCACAGCGUCACUCCGGUUUGACGGUGCCCUCAAUGUGGACCUGACAGAGUUCCAGACCAACCUGGUCCCCUAUCCCCGCAUUCACUUCCCUCUGGCAACCUUCGCCCCUCUUAUUUCUGCUGAGAAGGCUUACCAUGAGCAACUCUCAGUGGCAGAGAUCACCAACUCCUGCUUCGAACCAGCCAACCAGAUGGUGAAAUGUGACCCCCGCCAGGGCAAGUACAUGGCGUGCUGCAUGCUGUACCGAGGAGACGUGGUGCCCAAGGAUGUUAACGCUGCCAUUGCCAGCAUCAAGGGCAAACGCUCAAUUCAGUUUGUUGAUUGGUGCCCAACUGGGUUCAAGGUUGGUAUCAAUUACCAGCCCCCGACAGUGGUACCAGGGGGCGACCUGGCAAAGGUGCAGCGGGCCCUUUGCAUGCUGAGCAACACCACCGCCAUUGCUUUUGCGUGGACCCGGCUCAAUAUCAAAUUUGAUAAGAUGUACGCCAAGCGGGCAUUUGUCCACUGGUACGUGGGGGAAGGCCUGGAGGAAGGGGAGUUCCAGGACGCAAGGGAGGACUUAGCCUCGCUUGAGAAGGAUUAUGAAGAAGUGGGGGUUGACUCAUCCUAUCUGGACAGAAAGGCAGAAGAGGAGGAAGAAUAAGAUUUAUUAAUUUAGAAUGAUAACAAGAUUUAACUAAAUUUUCUGAUGUUAUAAAGGUGGGGGUUCUCGAAAGCUUAACUUAAUUUUGCAUGAACGUUACAGAUUAUAAUAAAGAAAACACAUGGAUUUGGAAGUCAUUUUGCAAUAUAGUUUGUUUACAAGACAAGAGAGGAUGAGAAACGUCAUUCGGAUGACACCUUUCACAACACACAGGUUUUAGGUUGUAGCCACUUUUGCAGAAACAGCAACACACACAUCAAACAGUCUGAAACAAUAAAUUGAUAAUCGUCAGAUCCUUGGUUAUUUUUGUUUGUGAUCUGGAUUCAAGGGAUAAAUUUUCACCAGGAUGCUGGGGAAAUACCCUGCUGUUCUUGAAUAGUGCUGUGGAAUCUUUUGUAUUCACUAUUAAAGCAGAACAGCAAAGAGCAAUUGAAAGUUGCUAGUCAGGCAGGAAAGAAAAGUUGAUUGCCAAUCACAUCAGCCAUAAUCUUAAAGUAGACAGGAUCCU